AUGUGGACGGGGAUCGGCAUGUGCUCAUGUGGCCGGUUGGUGGGAACCCUUAAAGGUCACAAGGCGAAGAUCAGGCUGCUGCUGGUGUUUGGCGAAUACCUCCUCUCAGUGGACGAGGACAGGCACGUGCUCCUGUGGCCGGUGGGAACACUGAAGGGUCACAAGGCGAAGAUCAGGCUGCUGCAGGUGUUUGGCGAAUACCUCCUCUCAGUGGACGAGGACAGGCAUGUGCUCCUGUGGCCGGUCAGAGGGGCGCAAAGAGACGCGCCCAGGGGAGAGGGAGAGGAACGGAAGGGGAAGGAGGGGAAGGCAGGGAGCGAGGAGAGGGAGGAGAAUGAGGAGGAGGUGGGAGGGGGAAGAGAGGGAACGGAGGGGGGUGGUGGAGUGGAGAAAGAAGAGGGGAAGAAACCAGGAGGGCCUGACCAGGGGGGUUUUGUUCUCGAGCCUCUCGGGCAGUUUCAGCUGCCCGAAGGGUUCAACCCGACGGGGGUAAUUCACCCCGACACAUAUCUCAACAAGGUCCUAUUCGCGUCAGAAGACGGGCGCAUGCACCUGUGGAACGUAAAUUCCAGGAAGCUUCUGUACGAGUUCAAGGGGUGGGGUGUGGGGAUAACAGCACUGGUGGGGUCACCUGCGUUGGAUACAGUAGCAGUGGGGUGCAGCGAUGGCAAGGUGCAUGUGCAUAACAUCCGGCUGGAUAAACCAGUCGUGGAUUUCACCCACGCUGCUGCCGGCGCCGUCACCUCCCUGGCCUUCAACUCAGCAGUGGGGAUAACGGCACUGGUGGGGUCGCCUGCGUUGGAUACGGUGGCAGUGGGGUGCAGCGAUGGCAAGGUGCAUGUGCAUAACAUUCGGCUGGAUCGACCAGUCGUGGAUUUCACCCACGCUGCUGCUGGUGCUGUCACUUCCCUCGCCUUCAACUCAGUCGUGGAUUUCACCCACGCUGCUGCUGGUGCUGUCACCUCCCUGGCCUUCAACUCAGAUGGUCCGCCUAUGCUUGCAGUGGGAGGGAUGGGAGGGGCCAUCAGCGUGUGGGACCUCACCAACCGUCGCCUGCACUCCAUCAUCCCCAACGCUCAUGUUGUUCUGCUGUUCUGCUGUGCCCUGCUGCUCUCACCCCCCUCUCACUCCUCAGAUGGUCCGCCUAUGCUUGCAGUGGGAGGCAUGGGAGGGGCCAUUAGCGUGUGGGACCUAACAAACCGUCGCCUGCACUCCAUCAUCCCCGACGCCCACGAUGGCCGCGUAGCGGCGCUUUCUUUCCUCGUCAACGAGCCCCUGCUGUUGUCUGCCGGCGCUGACAACAGCCUCAAGGUAUUGACCGCUGUCUCAUAUAGGGUUAUUGCAAGUAUGUCUUUAGGGAGCCCACCUCACCAACCGCCGUCUGCACUCCAUCAUCCCCGACGCCCACGACGGGCGCGUGGCAGCCCUCUCCUUCUGCGAUCGGCCGGGGCAGACAACAGCCUCAAGGUACCGACUGCUGUUGCCUCGGUAACCCCUCCUUGUCUGCACGCCAUCAUUCCCGGCGCCCACGACGGCCGCGUGGCAGCCCUCUCCUUCCUUGUUAACGAGCCCGUGCUGCUCUCUGCUGGCGCUGAUAACAGCCUCAAGGUACUACAGGAACGGCCGUCACAUUCUCUCAGCUGGCCUCGACAGAAGCUUUCGUAUCUUCUCCACCGUUCAGGACCAACAAAGCCGGGAGCUAUCACAGGGCAACUUCGAAAAGAGGAUGAAAAAGAUGAUGAUGAAGGAGGCGAAGAUAAAGCUCUCAACGGUGGUCUGCUCUGCAUCGUUCACGCUACUCUCACAACGCUGAUUCAACUUUCUCCUCUCUGCCGCCUCUCUGCCCCUGCUCGUUGUACCCCCUGUCCUGUCUCCCUCUGCCCUGCCUCCCUCUUUCUUUUCCAGGAGGAGAAGCUGAAGCUCUCAAAGGUGGUCUGCAUAGAUGCUGCUGAGGUGCGGGAGAGAGACUGGGCCAACGUUGUCACCUGCCACGAGGGCAACCCGGCAGCAUUCGUGUGGGAAUUGAGGAACUUUGUGAUCGGCAAACUGAAGUUGGUGCCGCCAGGAAUUGAACCCUCGCCAGCCACUGCAUGUGCUGCCAGCAUGUGCGGAAACUUUGCCCUUGUGGGCACCUCAGCGGGUCAUCUGCAUUUUCCACCUGCAGUCGGCAUGAACAAUCUGCCCCAUGCCCCCCUCCUCUCCUGUGCCAGGCGCGUGUGCUGCGAGCAUGUGUGGGAACUUUGCCCUAGUAGGGACGUCAGCGGGCCAUCUGCAUCUCUUCCACCUGCAGUCAGCACGGCACCGCGUGGCGUACCAGUGGAGGAAGCAGCAAGCAAUCCAUCACCUCGUCCUCUCUCUCCCCCUCCUCUCUCCCCAACACACCAGGCGUGUGCCGCAAGCAUGUGCGGCAACUUUGCGUUGGUGGGCACCUCAGCGGGCCAUCUACAUCUCUUCCACCUGCAGUCAGCACGGCAUCGAGUGGCAUACCAGACGCAAAAGCAGCAGUACAGCCCGGCACAUGGUGGCAUGGUGACUGGCGCUGCUAUUGAUUCGCUCAACAGGCACAGCAUCAGCUGCUGCAGAGACGGGCAUGUCAAGGUGAGAGAGACUGUAAGAGCACAUGCAGGCAGGCAGCAGAGCGGAGAGUGUGGCCUGCCAGUCAAAGAAGCAGCAGUACAGCCCGGCGCAUGGCGGCAUGGUGACUGGCGGCAAGGUGACGGGCAUGUCAAGGUGAGAGAGAGCACUGGCAGGCAGCAGAGCAGAGAGUGUGGCCUGCCAGUCAGAGAAGCAGCAGUACAGCCCGGCGCAUGGCGGCAUGGUGACUGGCGGCAAGGUGACGGGCAUGUCAAGGUGAGAGAGAGCACUGGCAGGCAGCAGAGCGGAGAGUGUGGCCUGCCAGUCAGAGAAGCAGCAGUACAGCCCGGCGCAUGGCGGCAUGGUGACUGGCGGCAAGGUGACGGGCAUGUCAAGGUGAGAGAGAGCACUGGCAGGCAGCAGAGCGGAGAGUGUGGCCUGCCAGUCAAAGAAGCAGCAGUACAGUCCAGCGCAUGGCGGCAUGGUGACUGGCGGCAAGGUGACGGGCAUGUCAAGGUGAGAGAGAGCACUGGCAGGCAGCAGAGCGGAGAGUGUGGCCUGCCAGUCAGAGAAGCAGCAGUACAGCCUGGCACAUGGCAGCAUGGUGACUGGCGGCAAGGUGACGGGCAUGUCAAGGUGAGAGAGAGCACUGGCAGGCAGCAGAGCGGAGAGUGUGGCCUGCCAGUCAGAGAAGCAGCAGUACAGCCCGGCGCAUGGCGGCAUGGUGACUGGCGGCAAGGUGACGGGCAUGUCAAGGUGAGAGAGAGCACUGGCAGGCAGCAGAGCGGAGAGUGUGGCCUGCCAGUCAGAGAAGCAGCAGUACAGCCCGGCGCAUGGCGGCAUGGUGACUGGCGGCAAGGUGACGGGCAUGUCAAGGUGAGAGAGAGCACUGGCAGGCAGCAGAGCGGAGAGUGUGGCCUGCCAGUCAGAGAAGCAGCAGUACAGCCCGGCACAUGGCAGCAUGGUGACUGGCGGCAAGGUGACGGGCAUGUCAAGGUCUGGUUUCUCAAGUCAGGCCGCCUGCGGUUCGAUGUGAACGUUGGCUCGCCGAUAGUGAAGAUGACGUUCCACCACGGCAACAACCUAGCAGCAGUCGCCUGUGAGAAUUUCUCUACCUACAUCUUUGCUUCUCCUCCUCCCUCCCUGCCAACGGUUUCUUGUCCCUCCCUCUACCCCCCCCCCUCUUCCACUGUCUCCACCACCAGACCUAGCAGCGAUCGCCUGCAAGAAUUUCUCAGCCUACAUCUUUGCAUCUCCUUCUCUCCUCCCUGCCAACAUUCCCUCGCCCCUCCCUUUAAUCCCCCCCCUCUAUCACUCUCCCCACCAGACCUAGCAGCGAUCGCCUGUGAGAAUUUCACGACCUACAUCUUCGACGCCGAGGCUGGCCGGCUGGUUCGGCGGUUCCCGGGCCACGAGGAUCGGAUCACAGCCGUCGAGAUGAGCCCCGACGGCCGGUGGCUGCUGACGUCAGCCAUGGAUCUGACCGUGCGCACGUGGCACGUCGUGAGUGGCCGGCCGCUGGACGCCUUCCAGGUGCCGACAGCUGUCGUGGGGCUCUCCAUGUCUCCCACUUCGGACCUUCUCGCCACCAUCCACCUCAACCGCCGAGGCAUCUACCUCUGGGCGAACAAGGCCAUGUACUCUGGGAGGGAUAGACGAUUCGAACCUACUCCCUGCUCCGCUCUCCCUCCCCUGCUGCACCCCUCUCAUCCGUUCUGUCCCCCUCUCAUCCCUUCUGCACCCCUCUCAUCCCUUCUGACCCCUCGCAUCCCUGCUUAUCCACCCCUUCUGCCUCUCAGGACUCGGACCUCCUCCCGGCUCCCCUCUCGCUCGCUACCAUGCUCUCACCUGUGUACUGUUAAUCACCACCCACACCUCCCUUUCCGUAUCUAUCCUGCCACCCCCCUUCCUCCCCAAACCCCUCUCAGGGCGAACAAGGCCAUGUACUCUGGGAUAGACGAUUCAAACCUACUCCCAGCUCCGCUCUUCCUCCACUGCUGCACCCCUCUCAUCCCUUCUGCCCCCUCGCAUCCCCGCUUAUCCACCCCUUCUGCCUCUCAGGGCGAACAAGGCCAUGUACUCUGGGAUAGACGACUCCGACCUCCUCCCUGCUCCCCUCUCUUGCACACCUCCUCGCAUAUCCCCCUUUCCCCUGUGCUGCCACACUCUCCCCACAUUUUCCCCACCCCUCCCAUCCCUCCCCCCUUCUCUCAGGGCGAACAAGGCCAUGUAUUCAGGGAUAGACGACUCGGACCUUCUCCCGGCUCCCCUCUCUUGCUCACCUCCCAUAUCCCCUUUCUCCUAUGCUGCCACACCCUCUCCCACCCCUCUCCUCCCCUCCCUUUCUCUCUCAGGGCCAACAAGGCCAUGUACUCUGGGAUAGACGACUCGGACCUCCUCCCGGCUCCCCUCUCCCCUUGCCUCCUCCCUUUCAUCCCUUUGUACCGCUACCCACCCCUCCUUCCCACCCCUCUCAGGGCGAACAAGGCCAUGUACUCUGGCAUAGACGACUCAGACCUCCUCCCGGCUCCCCUCUCGCUCCCUGCCGCCACCACCACUGACGGCACCGGGACCAAUAGCAGCGUGCCAGCUGUCCAGAUGCCGAUUCUGAUUGGCCCAAACGAGGGAGCAGAGGGGGAGGAGGAGGAUGAGGAAGGGAGGAGGGUGGGUGGGAGGGGUGUGGGGGCAGGGGACGUGGCUGUUAUAGCUGGGGAGGGGGGAGGAAGGAGAGGGGGAGUGAGUGGGGGGGAAGGGGAGGGGGGGAGAGGGAAGGGCGAGGGGGGGACGAGAGCAGAGCAUUGGACUGCUGAGGAGGCAGCGAGAGAGGCAAGGGAAUAUUGGGUGAAUCUGGUCAUGCUAGAUGUGAUAAAGGAGAGGAACAGGCCUAUUCAGCCGCCCAAGAAGCCAGAGCAGGCGCCCUUCUUCCUCCCCUCCGUACCGACGUUCUCCGGAGCGAUUCACUUUGCUCCUCCUCAGGCCGCUGCUGCUGUUGCUGGCUCGGCCGAACCUGCCGGCUCGGCUGGUCCGGCCGAACCUACUGGGAGCACUGGUGCUGCCACUGCUGCUGCUGCUGCUGAUGCUGCUGCAGGUGGUUCUUCAGGUGGUUCUUCAGGUGGUGCUUUGCCUGGAUGGGGGAGUGAAGGAGAUGCGGAGAUGGAGGAAGGGGAGGAGGAGGAGGAGGAGGGAGAGGAGGGGAGUGAGGAGGGGGAGGAGGGAGGAGAGGAAGGGGAGGAGGGAGGAGAGGGGGCAGGGGAGGGAGGGAAGAAGGGGGGGGUGUUGGGGAAGAGGAGGCAUGGGAGGGUGAUGCGAGGAGGCCUGGAGGAAUCUGAAAUGGACACUGAAUUGAUGCGAGCCAUCAGGAGAGGCGCACAGGGCGACCCAGCAGACUACUCCCAAGCUAUGGCCCUGCUGAAAGCCAUGUCACCGUCAGCCGUUGAUCUGGAGCUACGGGCGAUCGAGAUCGUCGAUGACAGCCCCUCCCCGGCAGACCUGCACCGGGUGGCCCUCCUCAUGUCCUUCCUCGAGGGGAAGCUGCGAGGAAGCUGCGACUUUGAACUCCUGCAAGCCAUCCACGGGUCAGCCAUCUCCUCCUUCCCUCAGCUGCGCGCCAAGCUGCCCGCCCUCAGAGCAGCCCUUUUGGCCGAUUAG